AUUUAGGCAAAUAUUUAAAAAUGGAUUUUUGGAAUGAACUACAUCAAGCCACAGAGUCUGUCAGGACAGGGGAAAAUACAAAUGAUGUUCCUCCUGAGCUUUCACAUUUGCCAGAACAUGUUAGGCAAAAUUUGACUGCCGGUUCAUCCUCUGGACCUGGUGGUUCAAUGCCUACAAGUGGAAAUAGCCUGAACAGAGACCCGGCGUUUAGAAAUCUACCCGAGCAUUUGAAAAACAGUCCAUUUGCUAAUCUUUCAAGAGAGGAAUUAACUGCUUUAUACGAAAAGAUGAAGAAAGAUCCUAAUGCAUACAAAACUCCUACUCAAAAUAUUGAUAAAGAAAUGAGAGAUAAAGCAAUGAAAGAAGGAAAGCCCUACAUUGAUCCUGAAGGAGGUUGCACUAUUCAGCCAAAUAAAUGCUUUGUAAUCAAAUCAAAGGAUCAGAAUGGUCAGAAGAUGUUCGUCAAUAUGACUUCCCACGAACUUGUUGAUCCUCCGCAAGAGAAACAUCUACCUGAUUCUGAUCAACCAGCUGUCAGAAUUCCUCUAUCACUCGGAGAAAUUCGAGAAGAUUUCGAUAAGAAGGGAGAUCCUUGUAGAGUAGUUGAUGUCAUUUGGAACCCUGAGGCAGCGAAGAAGGCUAUGAAAGAGCCAUUGUACAAGCAAGGGUUAGUAGAACUUGCCUUUGAAUACAUUAAGCAAAAAUACGAGCUCACUCUUGAUUUGAAAUACACAGUUCCAAAGUUGAAAUAUAAAGGAAAGACAGUCCAAUUUCAAAGAGUUCGUGCAAAGAAAGAUCCCAAGAUAGAGCAGUUGGAUUCUAAAACACUUUCUGAGGAAGAACAGAAGGAAAUUCAAGAAAGAUCUUACUCUAAAGUUAAGGAGCACGAGACUGUUGUGAAGCAGAAAAGACCUGAUUGGAAACUUUACUGAGUCAGUCAUGAUUUAAAAGAACAACUCUAUAAUGACCAAUGGUGGAAAGACCAAAUUCUGCUUGAUAAAUUAGACCUCAUCCCUGACCCUACAAAAGAAGAAGAGGACGAAGAUGAAGAUCAAGAAAUGCAGAACUUUAUGGAUGAGAGACAACUUAAAACUGAACCAAUAGAGGAGUACGAUGGUUUGAAUGAUGGCUUUGCUUAUUUUGUAAUUGUUGCCAACCUAGACCUUCUGAUGAGAGGUCAUGCUAUAAAGAUUAUUACACAGGACAGGAAGAUAAACAUCGAUGUACCGAAUUUGUACUCUUUGACUGUCAACCUUCCCUUAGUGUUUGAUAAAAGUGACAGCAAAGCAUACUUUGACUGCAAGAGAAGAAUUUUAUGAAUAGUCUUGCCCCUUGAAGGACUUAAUAAAAAGACUGAGGCUGAAGAACUUGUAGAAAUCAAUGGUGAUAUUGCUGAAGAAAAGGACCAACCUAAAGAAGUGAGCACACAAGAGAUAAGUGAUUUGAAGGUAGACUCAGACAUGCUCUUAGAAUUGGUAUAA